AUGUCAGGAGGUGGUCUUCACUCUCUUGCAACCAUUAUCAAACGCCUUGAAGCCGCGACUUCGCGUAUUGAGGAUUUAGCCUCCGGGAGUGUGUGGCCUCCUAAAGAGGAUGAACCCAAAGCUGCUUCAGUUCCAUCUAGAGGAGCUGUUCCGCCGCCACCAGCCCCGCCUCCCGCCCCUGCUGCUGCCCAAGAAUUACCCAGGAGCAUCAUUGCGUACGACCAAGUCGUAGUUGAAGGGAAAUUGAAACCUUUUGUUGAACUAACCAAGUUUGCUGGUCCUAAUGUCAUUGAAAUUGUCGGCCUUGUCGAGAAGCAAUUCGCAGAUGUCCGCAGCCUUCUGUUGACAAGCGCUGCUUGUCAGAAGCCCGAUGAUACUAAGAUCCAGGAGCUCAUCAAGCCGCUUCAACAAACCAUUGAAGCAAUCAUUAGCCUGAAAGACAAGAAGCGCUCAGAUAGAGAUUGGUACAACCAUCUUGUUGUUAUUGGAGAGGGUGCGCCAUCGGUAGGAUGGGUGAUCAAUCCCAAACCAGGACCCUAUCUCAACGAGGUCAAGGAUGCCGUGACUUUCUGGGGAAACAGAAUCAUCAAGGAGUUCAAGAACAAAGACCCAAAACACGUAAAAUGGGUGGAGUCGUACAUUUCUCUCAUAGAGGAAACUCGCAAGUAUGUGGUUGAAUUCCACACGACUGGCUUGUCGUGGAAUCCAAGGGGUAUCGCUGUAGUCGAUUAUAAGCUUUCUCCAGCUCCUGGCGCAGGUGGACCGCCUCCGCCGCCUCCCCCUCCGCCACCCCCUGCGAUGGCACCCCCUCCCCCCUCCGGUUCUACCGCUACUGGAGGCGCAGCCGCUGUGUUUGCUGAAAUCAACCGGGGCGAGGAAGUCACGAAAGGUUUACGCAAGGUCGACAAGAGCGAAAUGACUCACAAAAAUCCUGCUUUGCGCGCUAGUAGCGCCGUUCCAAGCGCCCCUGGCUCCACUGCUCCGAAGAAACCCGUUCGUCCUUCUAAACCUCAAUCACUGAUGGGCAAGAAACCGGCCAAGUUCGCAUUGGAAGGGAAAGUCUGGAAUAUUGAGUAUCAAGAAGACGAACGAAGCUUAGCCGUUGAAGAAUGUCAGCUUAAUCAAGCUGUGAACAUAUUUGGUUGCAAGAACGCGGUUGUUCAAAUCAAAGGCAAAGUGAACGCCGUCUCACUCGUUAACUGCGUAAAGACCUCGGUUGUCAUCGAAUCGGUAGUCUCAUCCAUUUCAGUGACAAAGUCGCCAUCUUUUGAAAUUCAAAUAACGGGUAUCGCACCUAUGAUCCAGGUGGACUCGACUGAUUCUGGACAGAUUUAUCUGUCGAAAGCGAGUCUGGGGGCCGAGAUCAUGACGGCCAAGUGCAGUGCUAUCAACGUCAGCAUUCCCGUUGGAAGUGACGAGGACCCUGACUACGCCGAGCAGCCUAUCCCUGAGAUGUUGAAGACGGUGGUCAAAGAUGGACAGUUAGUGACGACGGUGGUGGAACACGUUGGUUAA